GGAAAGGAAUGCAGUAAGAUGAGGGGGCAGCAUCUGGCCCCCAGCCAGCCCCUCCUCCUCCUGGGACUCAGAUCUCCCUGGAGCUGACUGUGGGUUGCCCAACAUGGAUGCUGGGAAGUGAAUCAGGUCCUUUCCAAAUGCAUGUACAAGCAUAGACCAGAAGACAACUUGCAGGAAUUUGCCCUCUCCUCACCUUUCAGGUCAUAUCCCUUAGGUCUGGAAUUACAGACAGUUGUACCCAGAUGGAUCUUGUGGAUGCUACGGAGAGACAGUUUCUUUGUGGAACAACCUUGGCUAUCCUGGAACUCUCUCUGUAGACCAAGCUGGCCUCGAACUCAGAAACCCGCCUGUCUUUUCCUCACACGCGCUAGGAUUAAAAGCGAGCACCACUAAACGUCUGAUUGUUUUACACAUCUUAACCUAACAAAGUAGCAGAAUUUAAAAAGGGUGGUUUAAGCCAGCCCAAGGCAUUCUGAAUCCCUUGGAUAAAGAACGGCUCGACGGUUGCCCGGAGCAGCCCGGGAGGGGCUUACAGUAGCGAGGGUGAUUGGUUGAAGAAGAACUUCCGCUGGCAUUUCCGACUCUUGACCCGCCCUGAGCAUCGGUGAUUGGCUGGACUGUUACAAGCGUUAUGUCACCUGGGAGUUGUAGUUCUUUUGGUUGAUAGGCGACGCCAAUAAGGACUAGUGGUUGGAUGGAGACUGUUAGCGGUGAUUUCGCUUGCUUAUAGCCUUCCAAAUCAUGUCCCGCGUGUUGGUACCCUGUCAUGUCAAAAGCACCGUAGCCCUGCAAGUGGGCGACAUGAGGACUUCCCAAGGUCGGCCUGGCGUGCUGGUCGUCGAUGUCACUUUCCCCAACAUCGCGCCUUUCGAGUUGCAGGAGAUCACAUUUAAGAAUUACUACACAGCUUUUCUGAGCAUCCGUGUCCGUCAACAAAACUCAAUGCACACACCAGCCAAGUGGGUAACUUGUCUGCGGGACUACUGUUUGAUGCCUGAUCCACACAGUGAGGAGGGAGCCCAGGAGUAUGUAUCACUGUUCAAACACCAGAUGCUGUGUGACAUGACCAGAGUGCUGGAGCUGCGACUGAUUCUGCGGCAGCCAUCACCACUAUGGUUGUCUUUCACAGUGGAGGAGCUGCAGAUCUACCAGCAGGGACCAAAGAGCCCCUCCUUGGCGUUCCCCAAGUGGCUUUCCCAUCCAGUGUCCAAUGAGCAGCCUGUUCCUCGCCUUGAGGGUCUCCCGGAUCCCAGCAGAGUCUCCUCUGAGGUGCAGCAGAUGUGGGCGCUGACAGAGAUGAUUCGGGCUAGUCAUACUUCCACAAGGAUCGGCCGCUUCGAUGUGGAUGGCUGUUAUGAUCUGAAUUUACUCUCCUACACAUGAGCAGCUGCUUCUACUUGAGACACUGGCCUUCUGCGCUCAUCUAGUUCUGGACAGGUGCUGUUGGCACAACUGGACCUGGAGAAUGAGUCCUCCCUCUGGCCUACUUGUCAUCAGACUCAGCUUGAAGCACAUCCAUGAUCCCUGUCCUUUCAGUUGCUUCUGCCCAUCAUGCUCAGGGUGAUGAGAGAGCACCCCUGAGGUAGGGUGUCCAAGCCACCCUACUGAUACUCACUGAGGUGGAGGUACCUCCAUUACCACUAAAUGAAGAAGACCGCUGCUCUUUCCUGUGAACAAACUCUGUUUUCCUCUUGUUCUUCCUGGCUUUGUCCCUGGGAACUAUUAUUAAGCCGUGCUGCAAGGUGUCUCGGAACUGGACAAUUGGAUAUGAGUGUGUGCAGCGGUUUUCUGGGAAAGUCUGGCCACCUUUGAUAGCUACCCUGCAUCCCCGAGACAGCCCUCUUGAAGGUCCCGUCUUCACAUACAGGGUCAUAGUUUAAGCCCCACUGAAAGGAUCAUUUCUAUAGCCCUGUGUUCAGGGAACAAUGGUCCUCAGUAGGAACGAGUAAAGAGGAUCCUGAGGUGGCAGGGACUGUGCAUAGUUCACAGCUGUGUUCCUAAGUUCCCAGAACUGGAGCUAGUGUGCAGCAGGAUCAAUAAAUACUUGUGGAAUACA